CGGCUCCAGUGUGCGGGCCCGUGGAGCCACAGAGGCAGAGAAGAAGAAAGAUGGCGGCUCGGGGCGAACCAGAGCGGGACGCCGGGCUAACGUUUUAAGGCUUCACACCCGGAGAGACGCGGGGGUACCACCGGGCCACCGCACCGUCCGGAUCCCCGCCGCUCCGGCUACGCGGCGGUACCGCUUUCGCCCGCGUCGGCGUCGGCUAAACCCGCGCGGGGAGCUGCGGUUGUAGAAUAAGAGACAGUCGCUGAUCAUGAGAGGGAAGAGAGGCAGGCCGCCCAAAGCCCUGCCGACCGACGAGGAGCCGUCCCCGGCCGCGACCCGGGGCUUGCGACCGCGGCGGAACCUGAAGCCCCGGCUGCGGGACAGCGGGGACGAGGAGAGCCCCACGCGGGAGCCCACCAAGCCGAGCCGAAAGAGGCGAGGGGGACCCGGCGGCACGUCGGCGCGGGGCAGGGGACGAGGCAGAGGCGGCGGCGGCAGAGGAGGCAGAGGGGGACGGGGAGGGAAGCGGACGGCGGCCGCCUCCAAAGCGGUGGUGUACGACGACCACGAGAGCGACGAGGACGAGGACGACGCUGUCAGCCUGAGGUCGGAGGAGGAAGAGGAGCUGGUGGCGGCGGAGCCCCCGUCCGAGGAGGACGAGGCCCUGAAAGAGGAGUCCGACUGCCUGGAAGAUGAUGUGCUGGACGAGGAGGAGGUGGUGGAGGAGGAGGAGGAGGAGGUGGAGGAUGAUGCCAGCCACUGCACUGAGAGCAGCUUUCGGAGCCAGAGCACACACGCCAGCACCCCGGGGAAGAAAAAGCUCCGGGCUCCCCGUCCUCGCUCCCCCAUCCUGGAGGAGAAGGAGAUUCCUCCUCUGGAGCUUCCCGAGACCUCGGAGGAUCUCCUGGUGCCGAACGAGGAGCUGCUCAACGCCACCUCCAUCUACGAGGUGCUGCGGAACUUCAGCACGGUGCUGCGUCUCUCGCCCUUCCGCUUCGAGGACUUCUGCGCAGCUCUGGUCGGCCAGGAGCAGUGCACUUUAAUAGCAGAGACCCACAAUUCCCUCCUGAAGGCCAUCCUGCGCGAGGAGGACUCCUCCAACACUACCUUCGGCCCUGCUGACCUCAAGGACAGUUUCAACUCCACUCUGUACUUUAUUGACGGCAUGACGUGGCCUGAGGUGUUGCGGGCGUACUGCGAGAGCGACCGGGAGUACCAGCAUGUCCUCCCGUACCAGGAGGUGGACGAGUAUCCCUACGGCCCUACGGAGAGUAAGAUCAAGGUGCUACAGUUCUUGGUGGACCAGUUUCUCACCACCAACAUCGCCCGCGAGGAGCUGAUGUCCGACGGCAGCGUGCUGUACGACGACCACUGCCGCGUGUGUCACCGACUGGGCGACCUGCUGUGCUGCGAGACCUGCACGGCGGUCUACCACCUGGAGUGCGUGAAGCCGCCGCUGGAGGAGGUUCCAGAGGACGAGUGGCAGUGUGAGAUCUGCGUGGCUCACAAGGUGCCCGGUGUCACGGACUGUGUAGCAGAGGCACAGAAGAUCAGGCCCUACAUCCGCCAGGAGCCCAUCGGGUAUGACCGGCACCAGAGGAAAUACUGGUUCUUGAACAGAAGGAUUAUUGUCGAGGAGUACGGGGAGCACAAGACGAAAAAGAUCUGGUACUACAGCACCAAGGCGCAGCUGGAGGAGCUCAUGGAGAGCCUGGAUAAGGAGUACUGGGAGGUGGACCUGCAUGCCACGCUGGAGGAGAUGAGGGAGGAGGUGCAGGCUCACAUGGACGUCACAGAGGACCUCACCAACAAAGCCCGUGGAAACAACAAAGCCUACCUCACCGCUGUCAACGAUGUGAUCACGGAGCAUUUGAAGGUCAGGCUGCAGGCGAAGAGACGAGCAGAGGAAGGAAAGCAGGAAACAGAAUCGGGUUCCGUUAAAGCAGCAGAAGAAACUACUGACUUCACCUCGCAGCUCGAGAACAGCGAGCACAAAGUCCCCGAGUCCAGGGAAGAUGCUAGUUCCCGAGCAGCCUCGGUUCCUCCUUCUGCAGAGGAGAGCUGCAGGUCGGAUCCUAACCCCGGCUCAGCCUCCCAGGACUCGGCUGUGCCUAAAACAGAAUCCACCGAGACCAAGGAGGAAACUGAGCCCGGUCACGCCAGGAGCCAGGAGAGUGGAGAGCCGCCUACAGCGGCAAAGCAGGAGAGGACAGAUGAGAACUUGAAAGCAGAGUUAAACAGCGACAACUCGCUGACACAAACCCAAGAUCAGCCUCAGCAGCAGUCGUCUCAGCCGGAGACGAGCUGCGGGAGCAACCUGCCUGACCUGGCUGAUCGGUCCUCGCAGUCGUCUUUCACCAGUCAGGAUGGGGCAGAGGAUUAUCACGAAAGGGUCAAAAGUGAAGGAGUGAGAGGAGCAGCCCAGGAAGUGAAUAACCAAACGCCCAGAGCCAGCAAAGAGUCAUCCCCAGUUCGCUCCGACGUUGGCUCUUUGCGACUCAGCUUCUUGAAAAGGGACCUGACGGUGAAUCUGAACAGCUUGUUCAAGCUGGGUCAGGAGGGUAAAUACAGGGUCUACCACAACCAGUACAGCACCAACGUCCUGGCCCUCAACAAACAUCAGCACCGCGAGGACCACGACAAGAGACGCCACCUGUCGCACAAGUUCAGCCUGACCACCGCGGCCGAGUUCAAGUGGAACGGCUCCAUCUACGGUUCUCGGAGCCUGACUGUCUCCACCCUGCGUCUCACCAUCAUCCAGCUGGAGACCAACGUGCCCGGACCCUUCAUGCAUCCUAACUGGGCAGCGCACAGGAACAACUGGAACAAAGCAGUGCAGAUGUGCAGCAAGGCCAGGGAAUUUGCUCUGGCCUUGGCCAUACUGGAGUGUGCCAUCAAACCAGUGGUCAUGCUGCCUGUAUGGAAAGAUUCUCUCGGACACACGAGGCUACAUCGCAUGACCUCCAUGGAGCGGGAAGACAAAGAGAAGGGGAAGAAGCGAGAGAAGAAACUGGAGGAUGAGGAGACGCUGCAGCAGGCCACCUGGGUGAAGUACACCAUCCCCAUCAAACACCAGGUGUGGAAGCAGAAGGGGGAGGAGUACAGGGUGACUGGUUAUGGUGGCUGGAGCUGGGUCAGUAAGACCCAUGUGCCACGUUUUGUUCCCAAGUUACCAGGGAACACAAAUGUAAACUACCGCAAAGAACUGGAGGCAGCUAAACUCAAAGAGAAGGGAAGGAAGGAAAAGGCAGCAUCUUGCACAAACAACCAGAAGAAGUUGAUGGAAACUGAGAAGCAGGAUGCAGCGGAUGAGGACAAGGAGCAAACGUCUCUCAUUGCAUCAGCUCAGACCACCUCAUCAGAGGAGGACUGCAAACCUCAGAGCUCAAAAGAGGAAGAAACCCCCUCUGAGAAGAAGGAGGAGGGGAAAGAAGUGGAGGAGAAGUUAGAAGAUGAAAAAAUGGAGGUUGAGCCCUGCCCAGAAACUGCUGCUUCAAGUGAAGAGAAAGAUAAAGCUGAAGACAAAGGCCCGUCCUCGUCGACUGUGGAGCCCGUGAAGGAAGAAGCAGUCAAGAGUGUAGAACCACCCAAGGAGGAGGAGAGGGCUGCAUCGAAGCCGUACUACGAUGUUGUGAACGUCAGCGAGGGCUUCCAGCUGCGGACGGCGUACAAGAAGAAGGUAAAGCCGUCCAAACUGGACGGGCUUCUGGAGCGCCGGGUCAAACAGUUCACCCUGGAGGAGAAACAGAGGCUGGAGCGGGUGAGGCAGGCGGCCCUGCUGUCCAAAGUACCGGCCACUAAGACUAAUUUAGGGCUGAAGACCGAAGGAUCCACGUUGGACAAACAGCAGCCUGCUGUGACCCCGUGUGUGAAAGCAGAGGAGAAGGAGGAGAACUUGCACGUGAAGGACAACGUGGUUAAAAAGCUCGACUUUGAGCAGGAGGCGAAAACGGACAACGUGGACGUCAAAUCUGAACCCACGCCAACCAACCACAGCAAAGAGACAGAGGUGAGCGCUGUGCAGAGCGACAGUGGGGAGGCCUUAACCCAUAAAGAGGUGAAUGGAGGACCCUUAGCAAACAGUAACAACUGUAUAUCAGAGGCAAUAGAAAAUAAAGAGAAGACACAGAAGCCAGAGGUGACGCUAGCGGGAGAGAAUCCUAAAAAACGUGGGUUCGAGGAGAUGGAGAAAAGCAGCGGACAGAGCGUCGCAGAGAGCAUGGAGGUCGAGCAGAACAAGAGCAGUCCGGUGCAGGUGAAUGGACAAGCUAUGGUCCCUGCCGCUACUGCAGACUCAGCCAGAGUCCAAGAUGAUAUCAAGCCCGUGAAGUCUCUGAUGAACGGAGGCCUCUCACAGAACGAUGUGUCCGACUCGUGUCAUCCACCUCCCCUGAAAGUCCCCAAAUUGGAGAACCACGUGGCGGAGAAAGGAGACGCUCUGAGUAGGAAAGAGGAUGUGGCGGUGGACAGUGAGGAAACCACACCAGCCAAGCUUUUAUCCUCAAGCACCUCCUGUGUGAAAAGCAUUAGCUCUGACAACUGCAGUGGUAGCGAAGGUUUGAAAACCACAACUGCAGAGUCUCAAAGUGCCCCAACCACCAGCAGCGUCACUAAGCCUGAUGGGACGCCUCAAGCAGCGAGUGGCACAGUCUCCUCCGUCACCACCACCACCACCCAGUCCAGCGCCUCUGCACCUGUAGCAGUCGUCUCACAGAGGAGCAAACAUCCAGUCGCUGACACCAAGACGGGCACGACGGGUUCAGCAGCAGCCAGCUCCAUGACGAUCAGUAAAGAGUACUCCACCAAAGACAGAGUCAGCCUCCUGAGGUUCUCCAAAUGCAAGAAGGCUCGCUCGGGCACCGCGCUGCCGUCCUACCGCAAGUUUGUUACCAAGAGCAGCAAGAAGAGUAUCUUCGUCCUGCCGAACGAUGACCUGAAGAGGCUGGCGAGGAGAGGGGCCAUCAGAGAAGUGCCCAUCUUCAACUACAACGCCAAGCCAGCCCUGGAUAUUUGGCCGUACCCUUCACCUCGGCCCACGUUUGGGAUCACAUGGAGGUACCGUCUCCAGACUGUGAGGUCACUGGCAGGGGUCAGCCUGAUGCUGAGGCUGCUGUGGGCCUGUCUGAGGUGGGACGACAUGGCUGUUAGAGCGGCUGCCAAUGCAGGGGUUACUCGGAAAGAAACCUCGGAGACGGACAUCACCACGACGGAGAUUAUAAAACGAAGAGACGUGGGGCCGUAUGGCAUCCGCUCAGAAUACUGCAUCAGGAAGAUCAUCUGUCCCCUCGGGACAAGAGACACUCCCAAAGAGACCCCCACUCCACAGAGGAAAGGCCUGCGCUCGAGCGCCUUGAGGCCCAAGAAGCAGCAGCCAGCUAAGCUGACUGGGCCCAUCGCUGUGGAGACGUGGGUUCCCGAAGAGGAGAUGGAGCUGUGGGAGAUCCGGGCCUUUGCAGAGAGGUUGGAGAAGGAGAAGUCACAGGGUUCAGAUCCCUCCAAGACUGGCAGCAGCUUGAGGACGGCAGAGGAUGUCAAGGCCCAUCUGGAGAAUCAGCUGAAACAGGCCAGACUGGCGGCCCAGCAGAAACGUCUGGAGCAGCAGAGACCGGGUACACCUGUUUCCACCACAACAGCCACCACCCCCUCAGCCAGCACGCCGGCAUCCACGGGCCUGAGGACAGGUCAGGUCACACCUGGAACCAAGAUGGUCCUCGCCUCCAAACUGGGCUCAGCAGUUUCCUUCCAGCAAGACAAGAAUUUCCACCAGUCGUUUGCUUCCUGGGUCAAGCAGGGUCAGACCAACAACAGCAGCUCAGCCUCCUGUGGCUCGGUGGCCACCGUGGCUAGCAGCAUCACCACCUCAGGGCAAACCUUCCAGAUCGCUGGCAGCCCCGUGACUGUGGCUGGCCAGGUCCUCGCUGCCAAACUCCCGCUGCCCGCUAACAGCAAGAUUGUCACGCUCAACAUGCCCACUACUCAAGGAGGUGUAGUCCAACAGAAGGUUCUGGGCAUUUUCCCCUCUGGGCCUCCUGCGAACCUGAGGACAUACAGCACACUACAUCCUACGACCGGCAACAUCAACCUCAGAGCCACCACCUCUGGCUCCGCUGCUCAGGAACAGGCCAGUACAGCUGCAGGUCAAACCCAGCCUUGCGCUGCGAUGAGCCCGUCAACCCCCCUGUCUACCUCUGUGGGCACCGCGAUGGUCCGAAGUCCAGCGAUGACUCAACAAGGCCAACCUCAGCAGAUGGUGCCGGGUUCGACGCCUGUGCCGACGGCAGCAGCCGCUCAGAGAGCAGCGGCUCCUGCACCAUCACCUCAUGCAACCGCCACAGCUCCUGGACAGACGCCUGUAGCUCCCGCACAGACCAACAGACCACAGCAGGGUCAAGUCAAACUAACUAUGGCGCAGCUCAUGCAGCUGACACAGAGCGCUCAGGGUGGAAACCCCGGUCUGACGGUGGUGAUCCAGGGUCAGGGCCAGAGCCAGGGUCAGCUGCAAAUCAUCCCACAGGGUGUAACAGUCAUUCCUGGCCCCGGUCAGCAGCUAAUGCAGGCAGCCAUGCCGAAUGGUCAGGUCCAGCGCUUCCUCUUCACUCCCAUGGCCCCAUCCUCAUCACCCACUACUGCCACCCCUCCUGUACCUCAGACCCCUCAAACCCAAAUGUCGACUCCAGCUCAAGCCAGAACCACUGCACAUGUCCAGACGACUCCCUCAGCCUUAGCCCAAACACAAAUGACAGCCCCUCUACCUACCCCAACACAAAUGCCAGGUUUGGCCCCCAGCCCAGCUUCAGUCCCUGUGCCUGCUCCGGCACAAGCUGCAGCCCAGACCUUGAUGCAAACACAAGUUCCAACUGCUUUCCCACAAUCCAUCCCUGCUCAAUCACAGAUAUCUGCGCCUGCCCUGCUACAAGCUGCAGCUCAGGCCUCCACACAGGUUUUCUCCUCCACACCAGGCAUUCUCCCCACACAACCACAAGUGGCAAGAUCUGUGCCGGCCCCCGCUUACCCUGUCCUGGGUAUGACUCAGAAAGUCUUCACCUCAGCCCCUCAAGUCUCACCCAUGGUCCAAACCCAAGUCGCCACCUUUGCCCCAGGCUUGUUCCCCACACAAACCCAAACUUCCAUGACGCUGCCUGUCCCUGGACAGUUUGCACCUCAGGCCCAGGUCCAGGCACAUGCCCUCAACACCUCCCCGGGCUUGACCCCAACCCCUGUCCAGAUGCACAUGACUGCCCCUUCCCCUGCUGUCGCCCCCGUCUCAGUCAAGGCUGCCCAAGUUGCAGCCGCUACCAACUCUGCCCAAAUACAAGUUUCUGCCUCUCUUCCCUCUGCAGUCCCAGUCCCAACCCCCGCUCUUGCUCCGGUCUCUGCUCCUGUUUUAGCUGUUGUGUCCGGUCAGAUUGCUGUCCCGUCCCCGGCUAAAGCUCUAACCCAAAUUCAAGUCACAGCUCCAGUUCCCCUCCACGCUGCUAUGGCCGGUGCUGUUGUCACAACGGUCACAGCCACCUCCACAACACCUUCAGUGCCAGCUCUGAUAGAACAGAGGGCAGCUCAGCCCCAGGUUUGGAUUCCAGCCGCAUCUCAAGGUCAGACUCCUGUUCAGCCGGCUCAGCAGGCGGCAGCUCCCAUUCAGGCACCUGUCCUGGCCACUGUACCUGCCUCUGCACCUUUUACCCCCCUGCCACAAGCAUCUCUUACUCCCCAGUCUCAAGCACAAGUCCAGCACCCUACAGUUAUGUCCAUGCAGCAGGUUUCUCAAAUGCCAGUCUCAGCUGUGCAGGUUCAAAUGAAGGGAAUACCAGUUUCUUCUGUUGUUACUACAGUGAGAGCCCCCCAACCUCAGCUCCAGCCCCAGACCACUACCCAACUGCAACCCCAGCCUCAAGCCCAAAUCCAUGCACAGAUUCAGGUCCAGCCCUUUGGCCAAGUCCAGCAAAUACCACACAUUCAGGCUCAAGCUCAUCUCCAGCCCAAAGCACAAGCCCAAAUCCACCCGCAAGUCCGAGUUCAGUUUCAGCCACAUGCACCCCAAGCCCAAGUACAGCCCCUCGCUCAAAUCCAACCUCAGGUGCAGUUUCAGACCCAAAACCAGAACUUUCCCCAGGUCCAGUCCCAGUACCACCCCCAGGUACAAGCUUCAUUUCAAACGCAGGCGCAAACCCAGCCCCAGAUUCAACCUCAGCCCCAGGUACAGUCCCAGCCCCAGGUACAGUCGCAGCCUCAGGUUCAGUCUCAGGCCCAAAACCAACUCCAUCACCAGGUUCAGGUCCAAUUCCAGCAACAAGGUCAGAUCCAGCCUCAGGCCCCGCAGCAAACACAGCCCCAGUUUCAAAUCCAGUCACCGCAGCAGCUGCAAGUCCAGGCCCAGCCCCAAGUUCAAGCUAAGCUCCAAGUCCAGUUCCAGCCUCAAACCCAGAAUCAAGUUCAAACGCAGCCCCAACUUCAGGUUCAGUCUCCAAUCAGGCAUCAGCUCAUCACUGUCCCCGGCCUGCAGCAGCCAGUCCAGCUGCUCUCCGCUCUGCCACCCCAUGUUGCAGCUCAGAUCCAAGCUCAGAUCCAGGCACAGGCGCAGCAGCAGGGAGGCACGGUUCCACAGCAGAUCAAACUGCAGCUGCCUAUCCAGAUCCAGCAGGCGGGGGGGCAGAUUCAGGCCCACCAGAUCCAGAACAUGGUGACCAUACAGGCACCAGCAAGCGUCCAGGAGCAUCUUCAGAGGCUGCAGCAACAACAGCAACAGCAGCAACAACAACAACAACAACAGCAGCAGCAGCAACAACAACAACAACAGCAGCAGCAGCAACAGCAGCAACAACAACAACAGCAGCAGCAGCAGCAACAGCAGCAGCAACAACAGCAACAACAGCCACCACCACCAAAGAAGAAGAAACACCAUGAGGCUAAAAGGGAACAGAAAGAGCAGAAUCUGCAGAAUCUGCCGACUCUUAGCCCCGGAGACGGAAUCCAAAAACAGGUGGUAGUGAAGCAGAAUGCUGCAGCAGAGCAGCUGAAGCAGAGGAAGUCGCUCGCUGCGGCUGAGCGAGAGGAGAACCAGAGGAUGAUCGUGUGCAACCAGGUGAUGAAGUUCAUCCUCGACAAGAUUGAGAAGGACGAGAAGCAGGCAGCUAAGAAGAGAAAGAAGGAGGAGGUGGUGGAGCAGAAGCGCUUCAAGCAGAACGCCACCAAGCUGACGGCGCUGCUGUACAAGCACAAAGAGCAGCUGAAGGCCGAGAUCCUGAAGAAGAGGGCCCUGCUGGACAAGGAGCUGCAGCUGCAAGUACAGGAGGAGCUGAGGCGGGACCUAGCCAGGCUCCAGAAGGAGAAGGAGAAAGCCCGAGCGGCCAUCACCCAAGCUGCUGCAGCAACAGUCAAGGCGGCCUCUUCCCACUCCUCCCAUCCUUCCCACUCGACACAUUCCCCUCACAGCAGCCACACAGUGACCUCACCGCCCUCGUCCCAUAAGCGCAAGAGGGAAGAGGAGAGAGACAAAGACCGACCCAGAGAAAGGGACAGGCACCACGACAAGGACAAGAAACGGGACAGGGACAAAGACAAGGACAGAGACCGGUGUAAAGACAGAGACAAGGACAAGGACAAGGAUAAAGAAAAAGAUAAAGACAAAGACAAAGACAAAGAUAAAGACAAAGACAGAGACCGCGAUCGAGAGAGGGAGAAAAACAGAGAGCGGGAGCGAGACAAGGACAGAGAUGGGGACAGAGAAAAGGACGGGGAUUCCAGCUCAUCUAAACACAAGAAGAAGAAGAAGCUCUCUUCUACCUCAAAGGAUCACAAGAAGGACAACAAACUGUACUGUGUCUGCAAGACGGCCUACGACGAGUCAAAGUUUUACAUCGGGUGCGACCUGUGCUCCAACUGGUUUCACGGUGCGUGUGUCGGCAUCACGGAGAAGGAGGCGAAGAAGUUGGAGGACUUCGUGUGUAACGACUGUAAACAAGGUCAGGAAGGAGGAAGCAACGAGGAGCUCUACUGCAUCUGCCGGACGCCAUACGACGAAUCACAGUUUUACAUUGGCUGCGACCGCUGCCAGAACUGGUACCACGGGCGCUGCGUGGGCAUCCUGCAGAGCGAGGCCACUCACAUCGACGUGUACGUGUGUCCGCAGUGUCAGUCGACGGAAGACGCCAUGACGGUCCUCACGCCUCUCACCGACAAGGACAACGAGGGGUUGAAAAGAAUUUUACGCUCGUUGCAGACUCACAAAAUGGCAUGGCCUUUCCUCGAACCAGUGGAUCCCCACGAUGCACCGGAUUAUUAUCGUGUGAUCAAGGAACCGAUGGACUUUUCCACAAUGGAAACCCGUUUGCAGAGGCGACAUUACCACAAGCUCACCGAGUUCGUGGCCGACGUGACCAAAAUCUUCGACAACUGCCGCUAUUACAAUCCCAACGACACGCCCUUCUUUCAAUGUGCCGAGGUGCUGGAAGCCUUCUUUGUACAGAAGCUUAAAGGAUUCAAAGCGAGCAGAUUGUCAGAUUCUUAAGUGGGCCAGUCUAGCUGGAGUCUGGACUGGAUGCUGGGGUUUCUUGUAAUAAUGACCUGGGAACGCUCUGUUUCCAGAAAAUCACAAAACAAAAUCCAUUUAGAAACAAAAUCAACCAUCACAAUAACACACACACACACACACUCAAACACCAAAUGUGCUUUCAUUCAAAUGUGACAAUAUUGGCAGCCAUGUUGACAGUGUUAACCAUGUAAUUGAGGGACAUGCUUUCUUCCAAUCACAGUCACUAGCUUGUUUUCAGUGAGAUUUUAAUGCAUUUUAGUUCUUAACUUUGUAUUUAUUUUCAGUUACUCAUCUAAGUUGAACUGGACAUGUUGAGAAUGAAGAUGUUACCAGAUAUACGAAUAUAACAAAGCUGCAUAUUUUAUUAUAGAGAUAUUUAUAUGAUAUUUUGUAUGUUAGAGUUUGAAGAAGCUGGUUGUCUCGAGUGUACCAAUGUUUUAUCAUGUACAAUGGUUGUAAGAUAUCUGACUUUGAAUGUUUUAAAUGAUAUGGAAACUAAACGUUUUAGAAAGUAUUGUUUUAGAAGACCAGAGUUUGACUUCAUAAUAUGACCUCAGUUCUUGUCCGUGAUAAAAGCAUUCCCUGUAAAUUACACCAACAUGGCUGCGGGAUCCUCCCGGCGAUCCUUUUACAUUCUCUCCGUGUGUUCUUGAGCUGUCGUGACAGUUAAAGGAAAAAAAAUAAAAUGUGAAGGGCUCUCAACUCUCCCCUCUCUCCACAUCCCGUAGGUCUCAUAACAACAAGCUACAGUCUUCUUCGGCCUCUUAGAAAGCGUCGCACAUUGCUCAAAACAAAAUGCACUUACCAAGAAUAUGGCUUUUCUGAACUGUAAGUCUGUGACGGACUCGGCCUCCCCCGGCGUUUGGGACGUGCUCCUCUGAGUGUCGGCGCAGCCAGCACUGCUGCUUCUCACAGAACCGUUCGGGCCGGAGCUGCCGUCGGCCCAUUUCAGCUCUAAGGGACCUUUUUUUUUGUUUGGACCUUCAUCAGUGGGACUGUACUAAGGAGCGUGAGCAACUGAGGCAUUUCAGAAGAAAGUUUACCUCGGAGAAAAGACUCUUAAGGAGCUCUCAUAUUUCCAUGUACUUUUUAUUUUUUUGAUCUCGAUCUUUUUGUUUCACUUCUUUUUAUUUUUUUUUUUCUUGUUAAAAAAUCUCUCAGGCCAUCCUUGUGGUCAUCAUGUCCAAGACGUAGGAAGCUGAAACACUCACUGAACAGUGGCUGAGUUUUACUGAGCAUCAUGUAUCGAGGGUUCUGUGUCACCGAGGAGAAACUCUCCCAUUUUCACUCUUCGUUUAGUCUGAAGUGGCAUGAAAGACAGUUGUACUAAAUAUCUGGACAUCAGUAGUUUGCUUGGUUAAACUUCUAUAACCUACUGGACGUGUGGUAAUAAGCUAUUGUAAAUGAUUUGCUCUGCAGUAGUGACUGACUGAUCGACUGAGAAGGAUGAAACCGUGUAUUUGAAGGUUCCUGCCCCGUUUGUAAAAAAUUUGUCCGAUUUUUGACUUGAUUUCUUUUUCCUUUUUUUUGUAUCACAGCUGAAGAAAUAUUGAUGUAUAUGGAACUUAAUAAAAAGCUAAAGACUG